ACCGGGUCUAGUUUUGUGUGCAGCUUCAAUCGAUAAGAUAUCCCUAGCAAAUUCCCUCAAUUGGAUACUAUUUGAAACUCCGGAGGAUUCUAUUAACAGCGCCUCCUUGAUAUUAUUUCUGAGCGGGAGGAAAUGGCGCGGCAGUCACAGCCUCAUCCCAAAAUCCGGCUCAGAUUACUCCACCUAUAUUCUUUGGCGUCUACCCUUUUACUGUUGUGUACCACCAAUGCGGAAGAGGCUCGAUCUUCUUACCGAUCCACCAUCGAUGAAAUCCCCGUCUAUGAAUCAAUAUCGAUGGAAUUGCCAGAUGUCAAUAUCUCAUACGCAUUGACAGAUGAUCCGACUACUACGUCAGCUAUUUCGUUAGCCAUUGUAUUUGACUCUACAGGAUCAAUGGGAAAUGAUUUGAAACAGGUAAAAAUCGGAGCCCGACGAAUUCUACAGCGACACAUGCAACGUGGAGAAGCGAACUACAUCAAGGAUUUUGUUCUGGUCAAGGUACACGAUCCCGAUGUCGGGCCAGCUCGAGUAACCACGUCCACCAAAACCUUCUACCAGUAUUUGGACAGUGUGUAUACCCAAGGCGGCGGUGACUGUCCGGAAAUGACAAUCACGGGUAUUGAACUGGCCCUGGAAGCAUCCAGACCAAAUUCGCUUAUUUAUGUUUUCACAGACAGCAGCGCAAAAGACUACAACAGGACGGACAAUGUUCUCAGCCUAAUCCAACAGAAACAGAGUCAAGUGGUAUUUGUUCUCACUGGUUUCUGCGACACAAUGGAUGAACCCGGCUUUGAAGCUUAUAGGCAGAUCGCUACCGUCAGUUCUGGUCAACUUUAUAUUAUCGGAAAAGGUCAAGUUGACGAGUUUAUGCAAGUAGUGGAAGCCGCAGUCGAGGCUAGGAAAGUGCACAUCUUACAACAGGAUACGUACUCAGAACAAGCCAAGAUCUACAGUUUUCCCGUCGACUCGCACCUGUCGCAGCUUACCGUUCAGGUAGCCAAUCACAAGCGAGGACAAGCAAUUGAUGUACGCAUUCGAAACCCGCAGAGAAAACUCAUUGGCCCAGAAGAUGGUUUGAAACGUUUAAUGAAAGCAGUCUCUUCGGUUUUUGUUGGCUCUUUGGAUCGGCCGACACCAGGGGAGUGGACCUUGGAGGUUAUCACCAAACCGGACGAAUCUGCUGGUAAGGAGGCUUCGAUUGGAGAAAUGGACCUUGAGGAUGAAGAACAGUGGUUCUCGGUACGCGUUUCCGGCAUCAGCGAUGUGGAUUUCUUACAAGGCUUCAGCACUACACCAAAGGAGUACAACCAAGCAGGGUCGCAACAGCCCAUUGCGGGUGUGAAGAAUUUUGUCAUGGUUAACAUGACUGGCCGAUUCCAACCGGGACGUCUGGACCACCUGGACAUGCGUGCACCCAACGGGACAUCUUUGGUUCGGUUGCCUAUGAAACAAACUGGAACAAGUCAUGUGUUUGUCAGUCAGCAUGCAAUGGAUCCGCUCUCGGAACACGCUUACCUGCAGGCAAGUGUUUCCGGUCGUGACGGUCAAGGAUUUCCGUUUCAACGCUAUUCCAAGGUAGCCCUUUCUGGUCGGAAACCACGUCCUAUCGUCAUCACAUGCCCACCCAAGAUUGAGCUUCAACGUGGUGCGACCACUGAGCUUGCGUGUACGGUAAACAGUGAGGUUCCGUACACCAUUAAGUGGUACAAAGAUGGGAGACAUUUGGCCGGACAUGCUGAUGAGAAUAAAAUCUACAACCAACCGGGUAGCGUGUUGUACACCAUCACCGAUGCCAAUGAAGAUUCUCAUGGGAUCUAUGCAGCUGAGGUCCAUCCAACCAUCACUGAAGGCGAUCCGAAAAUUGACGGUGAAUUCAAAGAUGAGGUGGCUGUCGUGAUUCUGCCUCCACCACCACGUGUGCUGAUUCCCCGGAACACAAGUGUUGAACCCGGUGUGGCUACUCUCACUUGCACCAUAUUCAGUUUGGAUGAGUCGGUAAAAGUGCGUUGGUAUCGUGGACUGGAGACUCCGUUUGAACUUCGUGAUGGACGUCGAUAUCGUAUUGAAACCACGCAGGAGGCCAGUCCUGGAAUGCCCGCUCAGGCGUUGACGAGCAAGCUCACCAUCAAUGGAGCAACAAAAAGCGAUGCGGGGAAGUACAUUUGUCAAGCCGAACACAGAGGGGGAACAAGCGAUGCUGAGGGAUUCUUACACAUCCAUGGCCUGUACAAAUCAGCGAAUCAACGUCUGCUAACCUAUUGUCAGGUCAUAACGAAGUCCAGACCGCAAUACAACACCCUAGGUAAACUGAACGACGUGGAUGGAGAUGCGGUUACCCCCAAGAUUCGACUUGACACGGACAGCGUGACCUUCAAAGAAGGUUCGGCGCUUAUUUUAAGCUGCUUAAGUGAAGGUACACCGCAACCAAAGAUUGUCUGGCUGUUCAACAAAGCUCCACUUUCUGUCAAAGAACCGGAAUCGCCCAGGGUGACUUUUCAAGAGGACUUUAUGGAGUCCAGACUUAUCAUUCAGCCGGCGAAGGAGGAGGAUGCCGGUGUGUACACAUGUUUGGCAGUGAAUUCAGCCGGAAACGACAGCAGAACAAUCACGGCGGAUUUCAUUGCCAGUCCAACUGUUGACAAAAUCGAACUAUCGACCUCCUCGCCUGUUGAAGGGCAACCUCUGACAAUAACAUGUCAUGUAUCGGGCAAACCGAAGCCCCGUGUCAGGUGGGAUUUCAACGGAAGCCCGGUGACACCUAACUCCAAGAUUAGAAUUGACGAGGAAGAGGGUAAGCUAGAACUGCUUUCAGCUGAACAAAGAAUGCGAGGGGAAUGGACGUGUUUGGUUGAGAACAGUGCGGGGACUGCUCGGAAGUCAGUCACUGUGGAUAUUGGAUAUCCACCGAAAUUCCGAUUAGACAUGGUCCCCGGAAAAAUUUUGGCCGAAUUCUCCAUGGACACCAUUCUAGCCUGUCCCGUUGAAGGACAUCCCAUGCCCAUGGUGAAAUGGUAUCGAGUCACACCAAGCGGCAAUCUACCUGUUCAAUAUGGCGAUCGCUAUCGACUUCAGGCUGACAAUUCCUUAUCGAUCCGGGAUGUCAACAUGGAAGAUGCGGGGGCAUUUGUGUGCGAGGCGGUCAACAUGUACGGCAAGGACAGCCAUACGGUGCUAGUGGAUAUUGGAGGAACAAAAGCUCCAAUGAUCUCUUUCACGGACCCUAAACAGACUGCAAUCAGCGGAGCUCCAGAAAAACGGUUAGUCUGCAAUGUUUUAGACGCGAAGCCGGUGGCUACGGUGAUGUGGUUGAAGGACAACCAGCCGAUUGACGUCGGAGCAUCUUCCAAGUAUACACUGGAUAACCAUGAUCUCAUUAUCCGUGAUCUUAACGACAAAGAUGAAGGAAUUUACACGUGUAUCGCCCGCAACGUGAUCGGAAAAGCAAAGUUCGACAUUGAACUUGAUGUACAAUCAAAGCCGGCUUUUGUGGAUCCGAGGAAAUCCCAACGCAUUGAUGUGACUCAAGGAGACAAUCUCGUCCUCGAAUGCUUGGUCACUGGGGAUCCCCGGCCAGUGGUAGAAUGGCGUAAAGAUGGUCGACGUAUACUUCCUCAUGGUCCCACUCCUGGAUCCGACCGAAACUUUGGUUCAUCGAAUGGAGCGGGCCCCACGGUGGUCGUUUCUCCAGAUGGAUACAAACUGACAAUUUAUUCGAUGACCGAUGCAAUGGCUGGUAGUUUCACGUGUUCUGCCGGAAAUAUUCACUCCAUGGAAACGAAAGAAUUUGAUGUUUCUGUAAAAACGCCACCGAGUAUUUCCAAAGAAGGUCCGUCCGAGUUCGAGCUUGGUCAACAAGAAGUCGGGUUGCUCACCUGCUUUGUGGGAGUCAGCCAACCUCCUGCUUUGGUUCAGUGGUACAAAGAUGGUCAUCCACUCUCUCCGAUCCCGGGUCGCAUUUCAUUUCUGGACAAUGGGUACACUGUGGCUCAACGGACAACUGAACUGCCAACCUCCUUGAACUCCAAAUCAGUUUGGAAGAAUCGCAUUACUACUGCGACUGGAUCUUUUUAUCAACAUCCGUGUCGGUUUCCUGUGAGGAGAUCCGAGGACAAGACGAUCUGGAUUCCGGAUCCUACGAAUGCCGAAUGCCGAGCUGAAAACGAGGCUGGCCACGAUUCACGGUUCUUCCAAGUCACUGUCCUAGGUAUGGCUAUUGACAGGCUGGUUUCCCAUUCUCACCUUUCAACACUAGUUCCACCAACCAUUACAACUGGUGAUAGUUAUCGGCGUCUCCUUGUCCAAUCCGGAGAUCGUGUAGAGAUUCAGUGUGGAAUGCAAGGCUAUCCGGAACCCAAACUUACGUGGCAUUGGAACGGACAGCCGUUGAGUACAAAAGGCACCAUCCAGGAGGGUAUGGCAUCCAAUCUUGGCAUCCAACUGGUACCAAAGGGUCCGGAACAAACGGACAUUGUGAUUAUGGAAAUGACACCGGAACUUCAGGGAAAUUACACCUGUUUGGGCACAAACAAAGGCGGUUCCACUGAACUUGUCUACGAAAUCGUCGUCCUUGAAAAACCGUUUAUUGAUGGUUUCAAUGAAAAGGCCGUGGUAUUCGUCAACAACACGAUCACUCUAACAUGUGAGGCAGGUGGGAGUCCACCGCCGAGAGUGACUUGGUACUUCAAUGGACAACCACUGAACCCGGAUAAGCAAUCCGGAUACCGGCUGGUAGGUCCCAAAAACCUCAUGCUUCUAUCUGCCCGGCCGCAUCAAGGUGGAGACUAUACUUGUGUGGCAGAGAACGAGGCAGGUUCGGCAAGGGCAACAACGGUACUAACCGUUUUCGAACCCACGGACAGUCAGCAGCUUCAACAAAACCUCACGGUCAAAACGACCCGGAUGGGUGGAAAUAUCACGUUCACCUGUAUCAUGAGCUCUAAUCCACCAGCUCAGAUCAAGUGGCUCAAGGAUGAGAAAGACAUCUUCAGUGUAAUGCCACAAGAUCGGUUCACCGUCAGUCCGGAUGGCUCGACGCUUACGCUCUUCAACGUGAAUUUGGAAGACCAGGGUGAAUUCAAAUGUGUGGCAGUCAACAUUCCGGGGUCAUGGAAUUAUCGAUACACAUUGGAAGUAACGUCCUCCCCAGGAAUCCUAAAGCAUUCUUCAAGUGCACAAUUUGUUAACGUAAACGAAGGAACAGAACUAAGACUUCAGUGCCUUGCAACAGCCAACCCGGAACCCGUGUACCAGUGGCUGAAGGAUGACACGCCAUUAACAAUGCACGUCCUGGCCUUGGGCAAUGAGGUCGUGGAUUCGUCUACCGUAAGAACAAAUACAAGCGGGAUAAGCAGCAGGUACUCUAUCCACGACAACGGCCGUCUACUGUUGGUUCGAGACAUUCAAACGCAUGAAGCUGGGCGUUACACUUGUGUUGCGAGUAAUAUUGUUGGUGAGGAUCGUCUGGAGAUUACCGUGUCGGUGUCCGCUGCACCUAGCAUCACUGAUGGAAAGGACCAUGAGACGCCGAUUUUCGAACGCGGAAAACCGAGCCAUCUCUGGUGCAAUGUAUCGGGAAAUCCGGAGCCAACAAUUCGAUGGGAAUACGACCUGCCAACAAGUGGACCAGGUGAUCGGAACAUUCAAGAACGUUACGACGGGCGUCAGUUGUAUUUACCGAAUGUGGACUACGGUCUUAUCACUCGCUACGCCUGUGUGGCCAAAAAUAAGGCAGGAGAGGUCCGCAAGAUCUUUGACCCGACGCUUGUCUAUGCCCCUGUGAUUACUGGACCUGAAGGGAAAAACCCAAGGCCUGUACUCCAAGAUGCCAGCACAAGACUGUUCUGCGAUUGGGAUGCUUCACCCAGAGCCCAGGUUGAAUGGUUCAAAGAUGGUGAACUUAUCGAUCCGAAACGCUUUUCUCGAGCAAACAUUUCUUCGAGCGAAACACAGCUCUACCUGUACAAUGUGCAGCCUACGGAUGCCGGAAAGUAUCGAUGUGUGGUUAGCAACGAGUACGGACAAGCGAAACGUCAGUGGACCGUGCAGGUGAUGUCGCCACCGACAAUCAGAUUCUCCACACCGGAAGGUGAGCAAAGCGUGUCGUUGGGUUCGGCUUUGGCAUUGUUCUGCGUCGCCAGCGGUCACCCACCACCAAAGAUCACGUGGACGAGGGACGGCAAACCUAUCGACCUCAGUCGUUAUUCGAUCAGUGAAGAUCAAAUACACUUGCGGUUACCCGAAGUGGCAGAACAUGACAGCGGUCGGUAUGCCUGUCUGGUGAGCAGUGAGUACGGACAGACCUCAAAGACGUUCGAUGUGAAAGUGACGUACGCACCACGUCUUGACAGUGAUGGGCAGCUUCAAUACAGCCUGGAGCGGACGGUUGGUGGGAGCGCGUUACUUGAAUGUCUCGUAUCUGGUAAUCCGGUCCCGAAGAUCACGUGGUAUAAGGAUGGAGUUCCGUUGGACCAGCUCCCAUACAGGUACCGUCUCAUCAAUCAGGAUCGGCAACUGGAAAUCAUCGCUAUGCAGCCAUCGGAUGCCGGUCGCUACCGCUGCGUCGCAAGGAAUCCAUUUGGGCAAAUCGAGAUCAACACUGACGUCGUCGUUGGAGCCCCAGCGCGCGUCGAUCGUGGACGCGUGCGCACAGACUAUACGAUACGCGAAGGCGAUGAGUUGGUCCUUCCUUGUCCAGCCAACGGAUCACCGCCCCCGAGGAUCCAGUUCUCAAAAGUAGGAGAUUCUGGUUCCGGAUGGAACGAAAAUACUAUGCCAAGACAUGCGGUAGUCUCCCAGGACCGACAAACUCUGGCCUUCUUCCGUACGAGAAAAUCAGACAGCGGUACGUAUCAGUGUAACGCGAGCAACGCUGUCGGCUGGGACAUCAUGGAGUAUAUUGUUCGCGUAAGGGUUCCACCGACUUUCGACACAUCGAACGUCCAACCAGAAGUGCAUUGGUUUGUCAAUCAAACGCGUUCAUUGGACUGCACCUUGAUGGAGGGAAUCGAUCCUGCACCGCAGAUCAAGUGGGAGAGACGUGGGGUUCCAGUAGUGAGUGGUCCAGAUAUCCAAAUAUCAGCCGAUGGAAGCAAGCUGACUGUGCCCCAAGUUCAACCUCGAGAUGGUGGCGAAUAUAUCUGUCACGCACAAAAUGAGGUGGGGAAAUCUACUCAGAUUUUCAAUGUACUGGUUUAUGUGCGACCAAAGUUUGUGGAUGCCACAAGACGAAUUCACGUGCAAGCUGUUCAGAACGAAACAAUCCAGCUUCAAUGCGAGGCUACGGGUGAACCAAGACCUCGAUUUUCCUGGUUCAAACGUGAUGUGGAGAUUCUUAGGCCCAAGGUAAUUGGCUCCCCGUUCGGUGGCUCUGAGCGCUCAAACAUAGCCAUCCUCAGUGGUGAUCAGAUAUUGCAAAUUUCCAAUAUUCAACUGAAGGACAAAGGUGAAUACACGUGCACUGCAAGCAAUGGUGGUGGAACCAUUGAGAAGAAGUUCAACGUGUCGGUGAUUGUACCUCCAAUGAUAAUCAAGCGAGGUGUUUCUCCAGAAGAGCACAGAACGAAGGAGUAUGUUCCAAUCACGUUCUACUGCCUCUUGCGAAAUAUUAACCAAACUGAUCCAGAAAUCACGUGGACAAAGGACGGUGCUCCAGUGUUGAUGUCAGGGGAUAGCGACUAUUUUGUUAUCCACGACCAAGGUCAAAGUCUGACGGUGGUUCGGCCUACUGUAGCAGAAGAUGGAACGUACCGCUGUAUUGCCAAAAAUCGUGCAGGCGAAGAUAGCCACAGUUUUCAAUUGUCGGUGAUCGCCGCACCUCGAUUCCCGCCUGAUUUCGUCCGAUUCCGUGAGAAACUCGUCGCGCGUCUCGGUCAGGAAGUGGAACUGCCCUGUCCGGUACUGGGUUCACCGGCACCCAUUGUGACGUGGUACUUAAAUGGAGCACCACUGAAUCUAUUUACUGCCCCUGUCAAAUAUGUUUUUGAAGAGGACCAGCGCAUUCUACGAAUUCCAGCCGCAAGCAAUAAGGAUCCAGGCGAAUAUCAAUGCAUGGCCCGUAAUGAAGCUGGAAAUGUGACGAAGGUCUACGAGCUAGACGUCAUCAUGCCCCCACUGGUUCGGUUGGACAAGACUGAAGUGCGUGAGCGAGAAGGAGCAACUUUCACAGUUCAGUGCUCAGCUGAAGGACAUCCUCAACCAACCUUGGAGUGGUCACGUGAGGUUGGCGGACUAUUCCGACUUGGGACAAGCGUGGACAUCACAACCGGUGUACUAACCAUCACAGACGCUAAGAAGGAGGACGCUGGACGAUACAUUUGCACGGCUACAAGCAAGGUUGGACAAGAUACGAAAUCAGUUGUAGUGGAAAUCAUAGAACGUCCAACCAUUCACACUUCCUUGGAGCCCAUUCUCGUGAAAGAAAACGCUCAAGUUUUGUUACCAUGUCAGGCAACCGGAACACAACCUAUCCGCAUACAAUGGCUCUUGCCAUCGGGACAACUCAUCACGGCAGAUCAACCUGGUGUAUUUAGGCAGUUGCCAGAUCAAGGACUUCUAAUUGAAAAGGUCCGCCCAGAACAUGCAGGCCGCUACCGCUGUUCGGCCAAUAACGAGGCUGGAUUUCAGAAUGCAGUAAUCAGUUUGGAAGUUCUGGUCCCACCAAAACUCCGAAGACCAGCUUCCUUGGAACUUUCUGGUCGACUCAAUUCGGUGUUGCAGUUGCACUGUGAGGUCGAAAGUGGCUCUCCGACACCAAUAAUUACUUGGGAACGCGAUGGACUUACCUUCAGCCGCACAAGAAGUUAUUAUACCACCACAGAAUCCGGGUUGUUCAUUUUCAACUCGCUCAAGCAAGAAGAUGAAGGCGAACUGACAUGCGUUGCAAAAAAUCCUGCCGGAGAAGACCGACUGACGUACAGAGUUUUUGUACAAAUUCCCCCGAGGGUAUCGAUGCCCGUCUCGACGAUUGGAUAUGAAGAACAGUCGGUGACAAUCAAUUGUGAAGUUGAAGGUCAACCAGAACCGGAAGUUUCUUGGGAGUUUAGAGGUCAACCGCUAUCAAGCUACCUAGCCAACAGGGUCCGUUUUGAAACUCCUACCCAAGUGACCAUCUACAAUCUACAGCCCUCAGAUGGAGGGAGCUACUUUUGCAUCGCUCGUUCGACCGGACAAGAUGUCGCUAUGGAUUCCACUUACCUGACAGUGUUCACUAAGCCCACUUUCGAACGAACCCCGAACAAAACUACAGAGGCCUAUGAAUCGCGAUGGAUACAAUUCAGAUGUGUGGCGAACGGUCAUCCAAAACCGGAUAUUCGCUGGACCCAUAAAAACGACCCUAUCCCAAGUAAUCCGAGCAAGAACGGGAUUGGUUCACUGGUUCUUGGACCACUCAGAACCGAACAACCAGGAAUGUAUGCUUGCCUCGCUAAGAAUGAAGCCGGGGUUGUGGAAUAUCCGUUCGAACUACGUGUUAAAAGAUUUUUAAUCACCAAUGCGCUGGCGGAUUUCAUUUUGAUCCCUUCUUCCGCAUGUGUAGCCCGACCUCGUGUUCAUGUGUACCAGUCGGACGAACCAAUCAAAGUCAGUGAACCAACUCGUCUCCACUGCGAUGUGAGCGGGGAUGUGGACUCAGUGGUGUGGCUCAAGGAUGGUGACGUGGUAUCGAAUUCCAGCCGGAUAAGUAUUGUGGAUCACGGCAAAAGUUUGGUAAUUCGGAUGACAAAGGCUCGCGACACUGGUACGUAUCAAUGCAUAGCGACAAACCCGGUUGGAGAAGAUCUUGGUGAACUGCAUCUGGUUGUGGAAAGUAAACCGCAGUUCAUCACUGUUCCGCGCAACAUGACCGUUCAGAUGGGAGCAUUGGUCACGCUGGAGUGUAAAGCUGAAGGAGAACCGCAACCCACAAUCACUUGGUACAAGGAUGGUCAGCUUCUCGAAUUGGGUGGAACACGAUCAUUAGUGAAUAACGGUUCCUUGAGAAUCGUUGGGGUUUCAAACGAUGAUGAAGGCAACUACUACUGUGUCGCAUCAUCUAGUUUGGGCGAGGAUUUCUCUUCACCAGCGACACUUCAAGUACAGUUGGAUGGCAAUUGGGCUGCAUGGUCAGCCUGGUCCGCGUGCAGUCACACAUGUGGUCAUGGGAGCCAGACGAGGUCACGUACUUGCUCUGACCCGGAACCCAAGAACGGAGGUGCCUACUGUCCGGGUGAAAACACAGAGGCUCGCACUUGUCUAGUGUCCUUCUGUCCAGUUGACGGCGCUUGGGGCGCAUGGACCCCGUGGUCCGCAUGUUCUGCCACAUGUGGCGCUGGUCUUUCACAACGUCAGCGCCGGUGUGACAACCCUCCGCCAAGCAACGGUGGCAAGACCUGUGCCGGCGAGGCAGUGGAGGACGUCAUGUGUCAAGGACUGCCUCCUUGUCCAAUUUCUGGUAGUUGGUCUCCAUGGUCUCCCUGGUCUGAGUGCUCCGCCGCCUGUGGAACUGGAGGCACACAGAGCCGUGAGAGAACUUGCGACAAUCCACCGCCGACAAAUGGAGGACGCCAAUGCCCAGGUAAAGGGCUAAUGGUUCGUGCAUGCAAUCGAGGCCCGUGCCCUGUUAACGGUGCAUGGGGUAACUGGGGUCCCUGGUCGCACUGCUCCAGGAGCUGUGGAGGUGGGCAACGCACACGAACGCGUCGGUGUGAUAAUCCCACUCCAGCUUUCGGUGGCGAGGAGUGCCCAGCUACGGGCUAUAUGGAAGUUUCUGAAUGUCAGAACAACGCCUGUCCCAUUAACGGUGAGUGGUCCAACUGGUCAUCCUGGUCCGCCUGUUCCCGCACUUGUGGUGUCGGUCUGCAAACACGUGAACGUGAGUGCACGCAGCCUGCGCCCCAGUUUGGUGGUCGACUUUGUCCCGGUUCGGCCAAAGAAGUGCGUACCUGUGAGGUCAAUCGACCGGGUAGUUCGAUCGCUUGUCCCGGUACAGACCAAGUCACUCAUCAGGCUUCCUGGUCCGAGUGGUCAGCAUGGUCAGUUUGUGAACGAGACUGCCUGUUUAGCGGGCCUCGAUCCGAACUGGGUGGAUGGCAGCGACGUAGCCGAUCGUGCAGACUGACUAGUAACGAGGGUGAAGCAGACAAGAACAACGGACAGCAAACGCAUGGAUGCCCAGGUCCAGCAGAAGACGUACAACAGUGUACACCCGAGCUAGGAUCUUUAGAAUGUGCAGAUUCCACGGAUCGACCUAGAUCUGGUGUCAUCUUUGGUCAUCUUCGUGGACAAAUAAACAAGGUAGAUAUUGGUGUGAUCCCCAUCAAUGCUUCAUGGUCCAUGCCCGAAGGACGAGGACCAACAAACUAUCAUUUCGAACUUUCUGAAGUCCCUCCCGAACACAGUACUUGUUUGCAAGCCAUGUCGGAGUUAUACGGUCCGGUGUUUUGGUAUGCCGCACAAGAGGUUUCUGGUGCCUCCAAUGGAAAUAGCGUGGGAAUAAAUGGGGGCACAAUAAACUGGGAAAGCCUCGGUCAGUUUUCCGAUGGAAGCCAGAUAAAAAUAUCCACCCGUCUCACACCGACCAAUGAAGGUUCUCAACAAACGGCUGACAAAAGUCAGCGCUUUCUCAGAAUGGACUCCUAUGUGACAGGCUCCUGCUCAGUAUCCUUGUCUGAAUCUGCUCGAAAGGGCGAAGACCUGGUGAUCAAGUUGCAUCCGUUCAAAGAGAACAUUGUUCAGCUCAAUCCACAUAAAGGUGAACUACAUGCAUAUUCAUCUCGGGCAUUUGGAGUUCAGAAACCGGGUGAUUUACGGUCCCGAAUUGAGCCAAAUGCAUGGACCUCGGCCAUCCAAACUACAGGCGGACGCCGUCAGCGAUAUCUAAACCAAGAACUCAAUGUGGAACGAACGAACAUGAACGCUGACAAACCUAAGCGAAUCAUUCAGCUAUGGGCUGAGGCUUACAUCACGAAACCUCCAACUGGAGGAUUUUGUCCAGCAGGAUUUGAACUGCAACAGACACGCUUUUCGGGGAUCGGAAGUGCUUUAGAAGCCCAACGUGAUUAUUGCCAGGAUGUUGAUGAAUGUUCCUCAAGGAGCUUGAACCAGUGUGAUCACAUUUGUGAAAACACCAUACCACAUUACAAGUGUGCCUGUCAUUCUGGCUAUCGUCUAUCAUCUGAUGGUCAUUCUUGUGUCGACAUUGACGAAUGUGUAGCCAACCCGUGCACUGAUGAACAGAAGUGCGUCAACACUCCGGGCGGUUAUGAAUGCAAGAAGUCUUGCGCAGUCGGCUUACGCGAAGUGGCCGAUGGAUGUCAAGAUAUUGAUGAAUGCACCGAAAAGCCAACCGUCUGUGGUAUCCACCAGUGCGUGAACACGUAUGGUGCAUACUACUGCGCAUGUCUUCCGGGUUAUGUGGAAACGGAGGAUGGGUGUCGAGAUAUCGAUGAGUGUAUUGACAGUGCGGCCAACCAAUGCCGUGAAAACGAGCGUUGCGUCAACCUGCCAGGCACCUAUAAAUGUCACUUAGCUUGUCCAAUCGGCUAUCGGGUAUUGGCCAAGCCAAAUUCAAACACCAUCGAAUGUAUUGACUUGGAUGAAUGUGCGUUGGGUACGUUCAACUGUCCGCCAGGUUCACGCUGUUGGAACGAACCGGGUAGCUAUGCAUGUCGGUGUGCCAAUGGAGCGACCGCUGGAGCCCGAGGCUGUGAUUAUCGAAACGAAACACUAUGUAACGAGGGUUUCCAAUGGGAUGAAGUCAAAGGCUGUGUCGACGUAAAUGAGUGUCAGACGAAUUCCGGACAGGGUCCGUGCCAAUACAAGUGCAUCAACACGUUCGGUGGAUUCUACUGCGAAUGCCCACCUGGAUAUAAGCUGGACAAACAAAGCAAUACAUGUAAAGAUGUUGACGAAUGUUCAUUCAAACCCUCUGUUUGCCGAUUUGAUGAAUUCUGCCUCAAUGUCCCGGGAAACUAUACAUGCGUACAGAAAAAAUGCCAGAAAGAUUACAUCUUUGAUCAUCGGAGCAGAUCUUGUCGCAUUCGAUGUACAGACAGCAAACUCCCUUGUCCCCAUGGGGCAAAAUACGCGGACACAAUAGACUACCUCAUCGUCAGUUUCCCAACACCUAUCCACGGACGAGCAACUGGUUCCCGAGUGAAACUGCGUGUGGUAGAUUGGAAUCAGAUUCAACAAUCCAAUUGUCUCUACCGUCUACUGGAAAAAGCCCCCAACACUCCGGUAAACUACAGAGCCGACGACGGUGUGGUUUAUUUGACCCCAGUAUGGAACACAAUGGCUGAAGACAGUUUUCUAACUGCUGAACUGAGAGCAGCGUCAAAUGAAACUCAAGUGACUUACGGUGGACAACAGCACCCGUCAGGGGACCUGUUCUAUCUGUUCUUCCGCGUAUCGUGCUACAGGUACCCUCUUCCAGUCGAUGAACUGAAACGAAUCGAUUGGGGUGAACCAAGUACUGCACAGACACAAUGGCAACUCAAACAGAACGUGCUCGUAUUUCAACAUUCUUUCUACGUCUAUAUUUCAAUAGCCAAAUAUCCAUUCUAACUAGGUAUACCAAAAAACAGAUAGACCGAUCCAUUCGGGGGUAAUCAUUUCCGCAGAAGCAACCAAUGAAUGCUUGUGGUCCCGGUUGAUUUGCUUUGUUCUCUUUUUUUUUGGCUACUAGGCACUUCAAUCUUCACACCUCUCUUUCCCUGUCUAGGUGAGUGAAACAGUAUAUUUUUUGUUCACCAUCUUUUCUACUUCAUAACGUACUCAAAGCUUCACUGACACAGCCCCCCUCAAGUGUCCCCCUAACGGACUUGUUUCAACUGUUCUACUAACUUGUUCUAUCACAACUUCUCCAAAUAGUACUAANACAGUUUAUUUUUUGUUCACCAUCUUUUCUACUUCAUAACGUACUCAAAGCUUCACUGACACAGCCCCCCUCAAGUGUCCCCCUAACGGACUUGUUUCAACUGUUCUACUAACUUGUUCUAUCACAACUUCUCCAAAUAGUACUAAAUUGUGUCGAAU